GUGCCGAAAAAUGUAAACACACAAAGUGCGCGAUAUUUUAUUUGGCUGGGACUAUUUUUUACAUACCUAUAAAUGGAGACUUAAUUAGAUUAAAAUUUACCGCGACUAUCAUUAUCAUUAGCAGAAAAGUGACGGAACAUUUUGAGGACCUAAUCAAAUCCGGAACGCGUAAAAUUCGCGCAACGCCGGUUCUUCCGCCGUCGACUAGCCAUGGAUUACCCUGCUACUCAAAUGUUCGUCAACGACGAUGACGAUAAAAGUGAGAAUGAGGAAGAUGAUGAUGCUGCUACGCCUCUGCGAGCAGCAAAAAAUAUCAAAAUUGGAACGCUUGUCGUCGAUUCAGAUAUCUAUCCCGUUUGUCGAGGAUUCAACAAAGUCGGCAGAAUCGACUCGUGCGACAUUGUCAUUGGUCACGACACGAUAUCCAAAGAGCACGCUGAAAUCGAGGCGGGAUUGGGCCCAAAAUCAACCUUUAUCUCGGAUCUGGGGUCAUUGAACAAGACGAUAUUAAACGAUGCAGUACUUCGACCCGGGAGAUUGUACCAGCUGCAGGAUGGCGACGUUCUGAGGUUUGGUUCUGUGCGAGCGGUCUUCAAGGUAGACCUGAGCAAGGAUGGUGAAAAUACCUCGAAGGAAUUCGUCGUGCCCGAAACCCCGGGACCGACGGCAAAGGAAACGCAUCCGAUCAUACCGGGCACCCCUGAUCUGUCCUUUGAGGACGUGGUGCAGGACAAGUCGACUGACGGAAACCGCCCCAGCGAGGUAUUCCUGGUCGCGGGAACUCAGCAGGGUGGUAAUACGCCAAGGCAAGUGGAUGCAGAAAAAUCCGACAUUCCGAAAGUCAAAGAUUUAGCAAUCGAUAUCUCGGACUUGGAAACCCAGACGAAUUUGCCUGAUCCCAAUUCGGACGAGGAGGAGGAGGACGAGAAUAUAUUCGACAUGAUGACGCAGAAGACUGGCAUACACGAUUACGAAACCCAGAAGUUACCAUCGGCGGAAAAGGGCGACCCGAUUACCACAUCGCGACGUGACAUUCACGACGUAGAAACGCAGGAGUUUUCGGUUGGCGAAGGGCGACCCAACGCAACCGAAGAGGUAAAACCUCUUCGGAACUCGAUAAACGACCUAGAGACCCAGCGAUUCCCGAUAGUCGAAGGUCGAUCUGUCUCUGCCGAUGACACGAAGCAGAAUUCGAUUUCGAUCGAUGACUUAGAAACCAAGAGGUUCCCGACCGUCGCUGAGUCGAAUUUGCAUUCGAUAAACGAGGCGGAGACCCAAAUGUGCCGUACUAAUCAGACAUCGAUGGUCACGCGCGAUGCGGACGACGAUUCCGAAACCGAUGAGGAAGGCUUGUUCGAGGACAGCGGCGGCGGAGUCAUCGACAUGUUCGACGCUCCGACUCAGGUGAUUGGACGCCCUGAUAAGGAGGACCGACCUCGACCCAGAGACCUGGAAACUGAAAGCAAGGAGGAGGUGAGCGAGUCGAUCGUCGAAGAGAAGCGUCAGCCUGACUAUGAAGCAGAAACAAAACGACGUGAAGAGGAAGCUAAUACAGAGGAUGAAAAAACUUCCGCAGACCCGACGAAUGAGGAUACAAAGUCAAAACCGAACGACAGCAUCGAAAGUAAAUUGAACAACAUGUUCGACGACGUGAACGAUAGCGGCACAGAUGAACCGACGCAAAUGCUGACCCAGCAUCUUGAAAGGGUUUUGGAAUCAACCCAGAUCAUGGAUGAUAAGAUGGGAAUUACUGGGAAAGGUGGCGAGGACGAUGAGGAUGAGGAGGAGAGGAACGAGGCGACUAGGACGGACGAAGAAGCGACGGUAUCUCGAGGGCCGGAAAUCCUGAGUACGCAAGAGAUCUUCGCGGACCUGCCGCCAGUCGACAUCCUCAGGUGGUCCGCGAUUGGGUCUCGAUCUACGUCGGAAGAAUCCGACGCAGUUUCGUUGAACCUUAACAUGAGUUCGAAAUCAAGGAGCAGCAAGAAAAGUCAGUUGGAUUCAUCGGAACAGUCCGAGAAGGUCACACCGGUGAAUCCGAAGCAUUCGAAAAGUUCGAAGUUAAGAAAACCGACGUUGAAGUCAGGUCCGAAAAGUGUAAAAGUCGGAAAAAGUGAACAAAUUGUAGAAAGCCCCAGGGCAAAUCGGACUAGUCUAAGAGGCAAAGUAAAACCGGUGAAUACGCCACCGAAAAUUGAUGUAAAGGUAUCAAAUUCGGUGGAGGAAGACUCUGCGAACGCGGUAAAGAAGAGAUUGCCACCAAAGAAACGGCGUUUUUCAAAUUCCUUGUUUUCGGCAGCGGCUACGCCACCGUCGUCGCCAAAAGUUGAGGUCACGGAGUUGCCGAGAGCAUCGAAGAGGUCAAAGACCAAAAUUAAAGACGGGUCUUCUGAGCCGAGUAAAAAAUCUUCGACGAUUGUUGUUCGUUCCGUAAACAUCAGCAUCAACGAUGAGCUGCCUGAUGAGCUACCGGAAGCUAAACGGCCGUCGAGCGCGACGACAAGAUUAAAUUAUGCAAAACCCGAGUCGCCUACCCUGGCUUCGCCGGGUCGUCGGCGAGGUGCAAGGACACGGAAGAACGAUACCGGCAGGGAACCCGAACCGGUGGUGCGUAGCAAGCGAUUGCGAAAAAACGCACGGGAAGAGAACGAGCCGUCGAGUCCACCGAUGCCUGUCAAAAAGGCGAGGACGACGAUGGCGGAGGAGAGAAAGGAGGUGAAGAAGUCUUCUUCAAAGAAUUCAAAACAGCCUGAGUCAGCUGUGGAAGAACCGUCGACUCCAAGGACCCGGAGAAUGCGACAAUCAGCAACAUCGGCGUUGGUCAGUGAAAAUGAGAAUGCAACGCAGUCAAGCCUGGAGUCUCAAGAGAUACAAGCGAUUCUGGGAAAUACGAAUCGCGGAGGUAAUGAAAGUCGUGUUGAACAAAUGAGAGCAUCGCGGAGUCGCGAACGAGGUUUGAAGGGUUUUCCGCUGGCGGAGGAGAGCUUCGAAAUUCCCGUAGUCGAACCAAAAGGUAAGAAAAAAAUUGCCGCGACCAUAGACACAUCGGUGAAUAGAACAGUUGAGAAAGUUCAAACAACGAUGGAAAAAUUCGUAAAACCAAAACCGCCACCGCGACAGCCGCCCGCCGUUACGGAUUCUGAAGGCGAUGAGAAUGGUCGGAGUUUGGCGCAGACUCGUGGUAAAAGACAAUUAGCCCCGCGAAAGGCUUUGGCGAAGGAGAAUUCGACCGAAGAAAUGAAGCCGAAGAGAGGUAGGAGAAGCACGUCUACCGUAACGAAGCGAACGAAGCCUUUGAGUUCGGCCUCAUCCUCAGAGUCUUUGGAAGAAGAGGCAAAACCGAUACCGGAAGUUUCGUCACCGAGAAGAGGAAGAAGUUCGGUGUUGUCGCAGAGCCCACCAGGCAGGACGAAAUACAGGAUACUAUUCACGGGAUUGAACGACCCCCAACUCGUAGCGAUCGUUCACAAUUUGGGUGGCACAGUUACGGAAAAACCGGGCGACUGCACGGCUUUGGUGACGGACAAGGUGCGUCGCACGUACAAAUUCCUAUGCGCCAUGGCGAUGGCCGUACCCAUCGUCCCCAUCGACUGGCUCAGGGAGAGUGGUAGGAGAGGCUGCUUCCUCGACACCAGGGAUUUCUUACUCGAGGAUCCCGCUGAAGAGGCAAAGUUCAAAUUCAACCUUCGACGGACUCUUGAAGUGGGAAAAAACCACGGACUCCUGGACGGCUACACCAUUGUUCUCACCCCGAACACGGCCCCGCCUCCGAUUGUCGAGAUGAAAGGUAUAAUUCAGGCGUGCGGAGGAAAAGUGCUGGUUAGACCCCCUCCAAAAUGGCCGAAUAAAUCUUUGAUCAUAUCACGAUCCGAGGACGUAAAAAACGCAAAGAAAUAUCUAGCCAAAGCGCCAAAAUCAGUUCGUCUUCUAUCCGUCGAGUUCAUCCUCACUGGAAUAUUGCGGCAUGAAUUAAAUUUCGACGAGCACAAGUUAGACGUUGAAUGAUGAACGGCGGUUACCCAAAAUUAACUAAUUAUUUGUACGUGAAAAUCGGUUCCCAUCAUGGUAUUACAUAAAUACUUACUCGAGCUGAUCUUCCACGUAUUCGGAUCAACACCCCGCUCCGGUGAGACAAGAUUCAAGGUGUCGUUUCCACUUAUUACUACACUAUUAUAUAUAUAGAUAUAUAUGUAUGUAUAUCAUACUCAUAUC